AUGAAACAUGAUGAUUCAUCCAAAAGUAAGCUGGUUGAAUUCUGUCAAGCACAAUAUGCAGACAGUGUUCUUCAAUUGGGUUUAAUCGAUGAAUUCGAACAAGAGUACAAUAAUGCUUUAGCCAUUGAAUGGUAUACAAAAGAAUCUUUUCUUUAUGCAAUGUUAAAUCGAGCUUUGAGAAAUCAAGAUAUUGAAACAAUCAUGAAAAUGGGAUUCUUUCUACAGGAUCUUCAUCAACGAAUUGCAGAGAUGCAUACUCAACAAUCCGAAACUCGUGAUAAUAAUAAAUUCAUUGUUUACCGAGGACAAGGCAUGACACCUGAGGAAAUCGAAAAGAUACAAACGAGUCAGGGUGGUCUUCUCUCUUUCAAUAGUUUCUUAUCAACAACUCUCGAUGAAAAAGUUUCACUUCACUUUGCAGAAAAAGCAUACACAAAUCCACAUGUCAUCGCGGUUUUAUUUCAUAUGGAAAUUAAUCCAAAGAUCUCAUCGCUUCCAUUUGCUUUCAUCGACAAACAGAGUACAUAUAAAUAUGAGAGUGAAAUUCUUUUUUCUAUGCAUACCGUUUUUCGAAUUAUGGGUUCUCAAAAACUUAAGGAACGAUUUUGGCAAGUCAAUUUAGCUCUGACAAGUGACAAUGAUGAACAACUCAAAAAUCUUACCGAUUACAUGAGAAAAGAGCUUGGGGAAGGUACUUCACUGAACAAACUUGGCCAUCUAAUGCUUAAAAUGGGCGAAUUCAAUCAAGCUGAAGAAAUAUAUGCACCACAACUUGAUUCAACAGAUGAAAAGAAUUGGCGAAAACAUGCUCAUCUCAAUAAUCAACUUGGAUAUAUCUACAGCCAGAAAGGUGAUUAUAAAGCUGCACUUUCAUGCUAUGAAAAGACACUCAAAACAGAACUGGAUUUUCUUCCUCCUGACGAUUCUUCGCUUGGCGUGACCUACAAUAAUAUAGCAUCAGUACAGAAUUCAAUGGGAAACUAUUCAUUGGCGCUUUCGUCUUAUAAAAAAGCACUCGAAAUAGAAGAGAAAUCUCUCCCUCCUGAUCAUCCUACACUAGCUACAACUUGCAGCAAUAUCGGUUUAGCACAUAAAACACUGGCAGACUUUGUGAGUGCACUUUCAUUUUAUCAAAGGGCACUAGAAAUUCGGCAGACAACACUCCCACCUAAUCAUCCAGAUUUUGGAACUAUAUAUAGUAAUAUUGGCGGACUGCAUCAAGAUAUGGGAGACUAUUCAACUGCUCUCAAAUUUUAUCAACAGGCACUUGAUGUCCGAGAAAAAUAUCUCCCUCCAAAGCAUCCAGAUUUAGCUUCAAGCUACGCUAAUUUUGGUUCUAUUCACAGUUCAAUGGGUGACAAACCGAAAGCACUCGAAUAUUAUGAAAAGGCGCGUGAAAUUCGAGAAUUAUCUCUUCCUACUAAUCAUCCGGACAAAGCUAACAGCUACAAUUGCAUCGGCUCAGUAUACCACUCAAUAGAAGAUUAUUCCAAUGCACUUUCAUGUUUUGAAAAAGCACUCGAAAUUCAAAAGAAAGCUUUUCCAGAGAAUCAUCCAGCAUUUGCUAACACCUAUAAUAACUUUGGUUCGGUCUAUAGUUCGAUGGAAGACAAGUCAACUGCCCUAUCAUACUAUCAAAAAGCACUCGAAAUUCGAGAAUUGUCACUCCCUCCAAACCAUCCCGAUAUAUCUACUAGUUACAAUAACCUUGGUACUAUAUACAGCUCUAUGGGAAACAAACAAAAAGCGUUAUCGUCUUAUGAAAAAUCACUCGAAAUCAAACGAACUUGCCUUUCUGAAAACCACCCGUCGCUUGUUACUACAUACAAUAAUAUUGGUUUAGUUUAUCAAUCCAUGAGUGAUUACUCUACUGCGCUUUCUUUUUAUCAAAAAGCAAAUGAAAUUUGUGAAAAAAAUCCUCAACUCAGUCAGUCUGAUGAAGCAGCUACGACUUAUAACAAAAUUGGAUCAGCGCGUCAUUCAAUGAAAGAGUAUUCUACUGCACUUUCGUUUUUCGAAAAAGCACUUGAAAUACAAAGUAAAUCCCUUAAUCCUAAGAAUCGUAACUUGGGUAUAACGUACAGCAACAUCGGUUUAACUUAUCAUGAGAUUAAUGAUUAUCAAAAAGCACUUUCGUAUUACGAAAAGGCGCUUGAAAUCGAACAAAAAUCACUUCCUGACGAUCAUCACGAUUUGGCUAUUUCAUACAGUAAUAUUGGAUUAGUAUACUGUUCGUUGAAAGACUACACAAAAGCACUUUCAUCUUAUGAAAAAGCACUUGUUAUUCGAAAGAAAAAAACGUCUUCUGAUGAUUCAACAAUUGCUUCAACUUAUAGCAACAUAGCUUCAGUGUAUCAUGAGCUGAAUGAUUGUUUGAAUGCCGUCGAGUUUUAUAAGAAAGCAAUCGAAAUUCUGGAAAAGUCUUCGUCUGUAGAUGAGCUCGAAUUAGCAACCAAUUAUAAUAACAUUGCUGUCGCUUAUAGUUCAAUGGAUGAUGAAUCAAACGCUCUUCUAUUUUAUCAAAAGGCGCUCGCAAUUCGACAAAGGAAGCUUCCAACCGAUGAUCCAUCUUUGGCGACAAUCUAUACCAGUAUUGCAUCUCUACAUUAUUCGAUGAAAGAUUACUUAAAUGCAAUCGCGUUUUAUAAAAAAACAAUCGAAAUUCGCGAAAAAUCNAGUUGA